GCAGCAGCAGCAACAGCAGCAGAGGGCUGCUGCAGCAGCUGCCGUUGUUGCAGCAGCAGUCAGCGCGUUGCACAACGGUAAACAGCAGUUCAACAACAACAACAGCAACAUUAACAACAACAGCAAGGGGCGAGAGCCACGAGAACUGCACGAUCCUCAGCAACAGCAGCAGCAACAGCAACAUCAUCCAGAAGAUGAGGAGGAAGACGACUACGACGAGGAUGAUGAGGAGGAUGAUGAAGAGGAGCCACAACACCAGCAGCAGCAGCAACAACAUGGCAAUGGACUUGGCCAUGACCUCACGCCCACAGAUCUGCGUCACGUCCUGCCAUCCAGCACCACCCAUCACGAUCAUCUCCACCAGCAGCAACAGCAACAGCAGCAGCAGCAACAGCAACCGCAGUUGCAGACGCAGUUGCAGUCACAGAUGCAGCAGCCGCAGCAGCACCAGCACCACCCCCAAGAACAGCCCGACUACGACGACGAUGGCGAGGACGAGGACGAUGAGGACGAGGAGGAGGACGAGGCGGCCAGCAGUCACCUGGACAGCCGGGCCACUCUCACAUCGGCCCACCUGAACAGCGCGGCGGCGGCCGAGAGCAGCGGCCUGCACAUGAGCGCCGUGGCCGCGGCUGCCGCGGCAGCAGCAGCAGCGGCUGCGGCCGCAGUCAAGCUGAACGCACAGCUGGAGCAGCAGAACGCCACGGCCCUGGACAUGGCCAGCGUGGGUCCAGGUGGUGGCGCCAAUGUCCCUCAAAUGUCGAUGGUGCCCGCCCCGAGCAGCCUCAUUGGCGGCAACAGCAACACCAGCUUCUCCACCAACAACAACAGUAACCAUGCCCUCAGCUCGACGCACGGCAGCACGGGCGGCGGGGCGGGUGGUGCCAACUGCAGCAACGAUCUGGCGGCCAACUCUCGCGGUGGAGCGGGCAGUGUGGGCCCCACCUCCCAGCAGCAGCAGCAGCCACACCAACAGCUGCAGCAGCUGCAACAGCAGCAGUCGGGCAGCGGGAGCAGCAGCGCAGCCAGCGAGCGGAGAAAGUACCGCCACCAGAACUACAGCAAGAACAUCUAUAUAGGCACAAAGAACGCCGAAAAAUGGGAGCACAUGCGCACCCGGCUUCAAUUCAAAAACGACGUGGAGUUUGUCGCCUACCUCCUCAAUCUGGCCGACAACGAUACGGAUCGACUAAACAACCUACCACCGCCGUCGCCGGCCCCAACGCCCACCAAAGGCUUCGAUGGAAACUUCAAGCUGGAGCCGAAUCUCAGUGUCAAGGACUUUGCCCUGCCCCCAGAGUCCUCGUCGAUGAACGGUACUGGGAACGGCAACGGCAAUGGCGACUCAGCCUCGGCGACCUCCGUGGCGAUGGUCACGCCCACACCGCCGCAACGGAAGCGCUACAAGAAGCGGGUGCAGUUCUCAACGGAUUCCCUGAACGGAUACGCGGGCGGCAAGGCGGCCAAAGGUGGCGCUGGAGCGGCUGGCGGAGGAUCAGGAUCGGGAUCGGGAGCAGGAGCUGGCGGCGGGACAGGGUAUCACAGCGGCUAUGCCAAAUCCAAGAAGCAGGAGGCCAAGGCAGCGGCGGCUGCCCUCAAGGCCGGGGCAGCUGCAGCAGCGGCGGCGGUGGCGGCUGCGGCUGCCGCCAACUCCUCGGCCCUGCCCGAGGUCCUGGACUGCCGCAUCGCCGAGAAGAUCAAGAGCGAGCUGGAGGCCAGCGCCAGUGCCGGCAGCAAGGAGUCCCUGCCCAGCGCUCUCUGCCUGAAGAAGGCCGCAGCGGCGGCAGCAGCGGCCGCGGCAGCAGCAGCAGCAGCGGCAGCGGCGAACAGCGAAGAGGAGGACGAGGAGGAGCAUCAGCAUCAGCAGCAUCCACAUCUGAUGGGAGCCGGCAUGGCCAUACCCCUGGGUGUGGCCGGGGGUGUGGAAGUGACGGCCAAGACCGGUGCGGAUGCUGUGGACGGCACCACGCCCACCAACGGGCAGAUGGGCAACUUCCAUGUGCGCUCCAAGAGCCAUGGCGGUGGCGGUGGCAAGAAAUCCCAAUCCGCUAAGGCAGCGGCGGCGGCGGCGGCAGCGGCGGCGGCAGCGGCAGCCGCCAUGAUGCCACCCAAUUCUAGCUACGACGAGCCCGAGGACGAGUCGGCAACCGGAGGCACUGCCGUCAACGAGGAGGAGGACGACGAUGACGAGGAGCUGGACGAGGAGGCGCUGGCUCGCGAGAUGAAGAUGGAGCAGAACUUCGUGGAGGAGGAGGACGAGCACGACAUUGCCUUCCGGUCGCAGCAGUCCUGCCGCGAAUGCUCCAUCACGCACGACCACAAGCUGUGUCCGCUGCGCAACGCCUGCGGCAAUGUCACGGACGCCGUGGACCUGGCCGAGUGGAUCGAGCGCCGGAAUCUGGAGGCACUGGCCAAGCUGAAGGCGGAUGCCCACCGGCAGGCGAAGCGGGGUCGUGGGCCGCGGCACGAUGACGACGAGGACGACAUGGAGGACAUGGACAUGGACGAGUCGUCGCAGCUGUCCGAGCUGGAGACCAAGCCGCUCAUAACGUUCGCCGAGGCCUCCGUUCCGGCGGAGUUCGAGCUGCACAACGUCGAGCCGAAUGUCACCGGGGUCUUUGCCCGCACCGAGGUCCGGGCCUUCACCAAGCUGGGGCCGCUGAUCGGCCAGCCGGUGCAGACGGGCGAGGUGCGUGAGGGCAGCGACAUGAAGUGGAUAUUCGAGAUGUGCGAGGCCGGGGCGGACAAGUCCUACCUCCUCUGCUGCGACAACCCCAACGCCUCCAACUGGCUCCGCUUCAUACGGCCCGCCCCCUGCUACGACGAUCGGAACGUCAAUCUGGUGUCCAUCGAUCAGCAGGCGUACUUCGUCAGCUGCCGCGAUCUGCGCAACGGCAUGGAGCUGCUCUACUGGAGCGACGACUGCAACACCAUGUGGCGGAAGAAGCACACGGAAAAGAUCAACUGCGGCGGCUGCAGUCUGAAGUUCGAGCAUCCCCUGUACUAUCGCACCCACUGCUCCGUCUUUCACGACCCAUCGAUGAGCCUCACCAUACGGAAAUACCACUGCAAGGUAUGUGGCGAGGCGGUGCUGGGCAAGGACAAUAUAAUGAAGCAUGCCGCCGAGAAGCACGACGGCAAGGGCGCCUACCAGUGCCAGUUCUGCAACAAGUUCUUUCUGCGCCUCAAUUACCUGGAGAUGCACCGCACAUACGGCUGUGCCUCCAAUCCGAAUCGAUCGCGACCCGUCUGCGAUUUCUGUGGCCGCAAGUUCUGCCAGCCGCAGAAGCUGAAGGCCCACAUCAAGCGCAUGCACAGUGGAUCGCGUGCGGCACUGCAGCGCCACUCGAAGGAGGUGCACAGCCGCAACUCCACCGUCGUGAGCUGUCCGCGCUGCCAGAAACUCUUCCAGAAUCGCAGCAAUCUCAAGAUUCACAUGCUCACCCAUUCCGGGGUGCGUCCCUUCAAGUGUGCGGAGCCCGAGUGCAAUGCGGCGUUCACUACCAAACAGUGCCUGCAGUUCCACUACAAGAAGGUGCACAACUACACCCAGGAGCAGAUGCCGAAGAUCGAGAGGAGCGUGGCCUACACGUUCGAUGCCUAUUCCGGCGGCAUGAAAGUGGACUUUCUGGGUAAGCAGCCGCCGGCGGAGUCACAGCUGCCUAAUGCAGCUGUCGUCUCCUCCUCCUCAUCCACAGAGCAAGCACCGCGCCGGCGGCGCAAGAGCCUCGAGGACCAGAACUCGAUGCUCAGCAGCUCGAUGCAGAGCGACACGGAGUUCAGCGACGACAACAUCUUCGAGGCCAUCAAGAAGAGCGGCAAGUCCAUCAAGGAUCUGUGCCGCAACGAGCCGAAUCUAUCGCUGCUCAGCUCCAAGAUCUCCAGCAUCUUUGGCGAGAAGGUGCCGGUCCCUGUCCCAGUGGCUACACCCUCGGCCACCGUCUCGCUGCCACCCGUCGCAGGUGGCCGCAAGCGGAAGCGGAAGAAGGAGCCGGCCAAUUCCACGGCCGCCCAACAGCAGCAGCAACAGGCGGCCCUCCAGCAGCAGCAGGCGCAGCUGCAGCAGCAGCAGCAACAGUUGCAGCAACAACAGCAGCAGCAGCAGCACGUUCAGCAGCAACAACUCCACCACCAGCCGCUGCAGCAACAGGCGGCCCUGCAGCACCAGCCGUUGCAGCAACACCAGCAGCAGCAGCAGGCGCAACUGCAUCACGAGCAGUCCUCCCACCAGCAGCAGCAGCAGCAGCAACAGCAGCCGCCUCCCCAGUACCACCCGCACCACCUGCACGCCCACGCCUUGCCCCACCAGCAGCAGCAGCAGCAACAGCAACAGCUGCACGGGGCCGAUCCCGACGACGACGAGGAGGAGGCGGAGCAGGUCCGUCUGGAACAGGUCCGCCGCAAGCAGAACGCCCAGCUCAGCCUGGUCGAGUCAUUCCUGACCACCACCGCACAGCGGCUGAGUGCACAACAGCAGGUGCAGCAGGUGGUGGCCGCCGCCGCGGCCGUCUCGGCGAUGGCGGGGGCCGGGGACGAUCCCGCCAAGCUGGGGCACAUGAUGGUCGGCCACAUGGGCGUCGGCGUGGGCAUGGACGAUGAGGAUGACGAUGACGAGGAGGAGGAUGAUGGCAGCUCGGCCAACCAUCCGCCCGGCGGUAGCCAUCCCCAUCAGCAGCAUCAUCCGCACGGCGCCCAUCCGCACUCGCACUCGCAGUCACACUCCCAUCCGCAUACGCAUCCGCACUCCCACUCGCAUGCCCAUCCGCAUCACGCCCAUGCCCAUGCCCAUGCCCACAGUCACCCCCACAGCCACCAGCACUCGCAGCAGGGGCCAGGGGGACAGCAGCAGCAGCAGCCCCACGGGGAUCCCAGUGCCUCGUACCGCCAUGCGGCGGCCAUGAACGCCGUGGCCCUCGGCCAGAAUCUGGUUGUUACCAAGGGCAGCAAAAAGUGGAUCGGUGCCGAUGACCGGCAUCUGGGUGACGUGACCAGCGACGUGCCCGGCAACGAGUCAGGACCGGGCUCUGGCCAGCUCCCCGGCAACGCCGGUCCCGGCCAGGACCUCGGCUUUGCGGUGCCCCCCAGUUCCGUGGACGAGCACAGCAAACUGCUCGGCCAGAACCGUGACUUCCUCGCCCGCCUCAUGAGCACGGCCAGCGCGAGUCACGCCCACGCCCAUGCUCAUGCCCAUGCCCACGCCCACCAGCAUCAGCACCAACACCAGCAGCAGCAACACAGCGCCCAUAGCCGGGAGGAGGACGAGAACAGCUCCUUCCUGGAUGUCGUCGAGUCGGCCAACAACAAUGCGGCCGCGGCAGCCGCUGCAGCGGCGGCCAUGUCCCAGUACCAUCACAAUGCGGCGGCCAAUGGUGGAACGGGCGGAUCGGGUGGGCCAGGUGGCGGCGGCGGAGCCAGUGGCGGCCAUACUCCCACGGGACCGGCCACUGGCGGUGGAUCGGUAACCUCCUCCGGCGACGGCCCCGGCCAAAUGCAGAUGAACUCCCUGGCGCAUCCCCAGUCCUUCAUGAGCUCCUUCUACAACAACGCGAACGCAAGACUGACCGGAGCCGGAGUGGGCGUGGGCGUGGGCGGGGGCUCCUCGUCCGCCAGCAUGCUGGUGGAGGCGGCCCUCAACUCCGUUGGCAAUAUGAUUGACAGCGAGAGCAGCGACCUGAAGGUACCCACCGAUAACCACAUCAACAGCGACAGUCCCAUGAGCGCCCAUGUGGACGCCGAGGCCCAGCGCUUUGGGGCUGGCAGCGCCGGCGGCGGAGUGGGCGGACCUAAUGGCGGCGGAGGCGGCGGUGGUGGUAGCAGUGGAGGAUCGUCGAGUGCCGCCAAUGGAACGGGCAUUGGGGGGGCCAUGGACAACCUGGAGAACGAGCUGAAGAUGAUGAAGAAUUUGGGCAGCUUCCCCAUGCAAAUACCGCCGCUUCCGAUGUUCCAGGGAGCCUGCAACAUCUCGCCCAGCGCCUCGACGCCAACCAAUCCGCAGAGCAACCAGAACCAGAACGAUGUGGACGUGGAUGCGGGCAGCACACCUCGACCGCAGCAUCCCGACUCCGAUGGCUUCUCUUCGUCGCACCAUCGCACGCCGCCAUCGCCGCCGCCCAUCUCUCCGGGCCGGGACUACGGUGGCAUGUUCGGCUCUGGGAAUGGUGCUGGUGGUCCAGGGUCCAAUAGCACGCCAGCGGGCAGCUCCAGUGCUGGCGGAGGCGGUGGUGGCGGUGGAGCCGGCGGUGGGGCCAACAGCAUGUCAGCCUCGUCCCCGCUGCCUGCCCUGCAGCCACAGCGACGAAAUGCGUCGAGCGUGGGCAGCACAUAUCCGGAGCACGAGCUCAUCUCGCCGGCCUCCUCCCCGAGCAUUCCGCGCUACAACUUCAACGGGGACAUGAUGCGCCACAAGCGGGCGGUGCAGGAGCAGGACCAGCACGAGCAACGCCAGCGGCACAACCUCUCGCGUCACAAUCAAAUGUCCAGCGACGAGGAGAACAGCAUCAUGCCGCAGAACAGCAGCGCGGGCCAGGAUAUGCGCAUGAAGUUCCCCCAGUCGCAGAUUGAUCUCAUGUACUCCAAGUACGAGAGCAUGGCCAGCAACCUGAAGUACAACAGCCAGGAGCUCGACUCGCCGGCGGAGUAUCGCCAGAGCAGCAACAGCAAUGCGGCGAGUGCAGCGGCGGCUGCUGCCGCGGCGGCGAGUGCGGCCAACGAUCUGUCCGAUCUGCAGGGCCUGGACAUGAGCUCGAGAUCGAAUGCGUCGAGCAACUAUCACCACAACUUCCAGCUGCCAAGCAGUCGCUACCAUCACCACAUCUACGACAUUCUGUCGGACAGGGAGCAGAGCCAGCAGGCGCAAGCCCAGGCGCAGGCACAGCAGGCAACGGGUGCAUCGGUGGUGCACCAGCAGGAGCACGGACACGGCAGCCAGCUGGCCAUGCAGCAACACCAGUCGGCGGCGGCCAUGCACAACAUGCUGAGCGAGCAGCUGGGCGAGCAGGAGCACGACCAGACCACCUCCGUGGACCUGAGCCGCACGGCCAACUAUGUGGUGUCGUCGCCGCCACAGCUGCCCUACAACCAUCCGCAUCACGACAUGCUGCGAAUGGCCUCGCUGGACCUCACACCGAACACGGCCAACAUGGCCGUGGGCAACAAUCGGUCGUUCCUCUCCUCGCAGAUGCAGCACCAGAGCCGCGACAGUCUCGAGCAUCACCGCCUGCUCUCUACGGUGGAGCAGCACCGAAUUCUGGCCGCCUCAAAUGCCGCCGACCAGCACCGCCUGCUGGUCGACCCCACCGCCCAUCUGCUGAUGGAACAGAACAAUCGCCUGCUGGGCACAGCAGACCAGUCCCGCCUCCUGGGCGAGUCGGCGGCGGCAGUGGCCCAGAAUCGGCACAUGGCCCGCAGCUUUGGGGCCUACCACCAGGUGGCAUCGAGCAACUACCAUCCGGGCGUACGACCGCCGCCUGUGCUGCCGUCGGCCAAUCAUCAUGCCUCGAAUCCGUCUAACUAUCACCCGUUCCCCGCCUACUACUAAAGACGUGAGGGAGGGGGCGGGUAGACUAUGACUAUAUCCUGGGGCCGUGACAAGAGUGCAAUACCUAGAAGGGAUCUGUAGGAGCGGAAGCGGAAGCGGGAGUGGGAGUGGGAGUGGGAGCUCCAUUUCACGUAGUUCAAUUUGAAGCGCAACAAUAACUUUAGUUCCUCCAUAUAUUCCAUAUUCUCCUCCGAAGAACACCAUGCCCAUCAUCCGUUCGAGCUCCGAUUUCAAAGUGUGCCAAUCUUUUUAAGUGUUUAGAUCUGUUUAGAAUUGUGUGUGUUUCCCCUAUCUGAUUUUAACACACACACAAACACACCCACAAAUAUGUAUAGUUGUAUAGGAAGCAUAAAAUAAAUAUUAUAAAUAUAUAUAAA